AUGCAAUUGCUGUCUCCCAUUAUUAUUUUGGUGAUUUUGGUGGUCAUGAAGGAGGUUUUGCAAGCUAACUUUUCAGGUGAGAGUGCAAUUCAUCAGCCAAUUGAGCUAAUUCAUAAGGGAAUUCAAGUGCCAACUCAACAAUCGUAUGACAAUGGAAUUGCUUUAAAAUUUUACGAAUGCAAACCGAAUGGUGGAAGAGCUUGUUACAAAUUAGUUUAUUCUGCUAAUGGUAUUUCAUUUGGAGAGAAGGUAAUGGAAUUGUUAAUUUCUGAUUACAAUUUGAAACAAGACACUGAUUACAAAAUGUUUACAACCAAAAGUGAGAUGGAAAAUUGGAUGUACACUCAUCAAAAUCAAACCAUGUUUGGUAUUUCAUUCAUUCCAAAUGGUCCACUAGAUACCAUUGAUACCAUUUCAUAUACCAUGUACUAUAAUAGAACUAGAGAGGAUUUGAAAACUCCACUCCUCUCCUUACAAAAUCUAAUUGACAAUAACAUUGUUUAUUUGAGAAUGAAAGAUUUGGGCAGAACUCAAGAACUUGCUGAUUCUAGAAAUUCAAUUCAGGUUGACUUUAAGAGUUUUCCACAACCUCCUCAAAGUAAGAAUGGAGAAGUUUUAUUGUACAAUUAUUCAGGACCAACCUUCUUUAGUAUUGGAGCCAUGAUUGUCUUGAUUAUUUCAUUGAAUAGUUUGGUUGUUGAGAAGGAGUUUCGUCUAAGAUUUGCCAUGAUUAUGAUGGGAAUGAAAGAAUCUGCCUAUUUCCUAUCAUGGUUCAUUACAUUCUUGAUUAUCUGUGCCGUUUUCUCAUUGGUCAAUGUGAUUGGUGGCAUGAUCUUUCAAAUUUCAAUCUUUUUGAAUACUGACUUUAUUGUUCUUUAUGUAUUAUUCUUUAGUUUCACAUUUUCCUUGAUUUGUUUAGCUUUCCUAUUAUCAACUUUUAUCAAGGAAUCGAAAUCUGCUCUAGUUUUGGGAUUUACAGUUUUGGCAAUUUCCUUUAUUUUGAACUUGACAGUUUCGAAUAGUAACAUUGUCUACAUGCUCUAUUCCUCUUCCAUCACUCCUCUCAUAGUUGUAAUCUUCUCCUUCUAUCCACCUUUCAACUUUGCCAAGGUUUUCAUUGACAUUGCUGUAAAAGCAUUGCCAGUUUACGAUUCCACACAAAGAAAGUACGUUACUGGUCCAGGUUACACAAUCGAAGAUUUAUUUAUUGGAAAGAACACUUACGAUUAUGUUCCUGGUUCGUGGUUGGGAAUUUUAACACUUUUCCUUAAUGGGUUAUUGUUUCUCGUCUUGUAUUGGUAUUGUGAUAAUGUAAUUUCUGAUGGAAAUGGUGUUAGAAAGUCACCAAUUUUCUUCUUAUAUCCUUCGUAUUGGGGAAUUAAUAGAUGGAAAUCCAAGUCGAAACUUGAUGCAAAUGACGAAACUGAUAUGCAUCAAAUGGAAACUCAAGAUAUAAAGAAUGAGUUUUCCAAGGCACGUGAUUUCAAUCAGAAUGCCAUUGUCAGAAUCAUCUCACUGAGAAGAACAUUUUCUUCAUUCUUGGCCAAAAUUGCUUUGAAAAUUCUUCCCGCCAAAUUUAGAAAAUUCUUCUCUGAGAAGAAAGCUCUCAAAGGUUUGAAUUUAAUUGUGCAAGAUAAUCAAUGUGUUAGUUUGUUGGGCCAUAAUGGAGCUGGUAAAUCAACCACAAUGAAUAUUUUGACUGGGCUGUUCCAGCAAUCAUCUGGUGAAGCUUUCAUUGCUGGAUUGAAUGUGAGAGAUUCGAUGGAAGAUAUUCGAAAGCAAUUGGGAAUGUGUCCACAACAUGAUAUUUUGUGGGACGAUUUGACAGCUGAGGAGCAUUUGGAAUUGUUUGGAGAUUUGAAAGGAGUUCCAAGAAAACAAAGAACUGAACAAGUUAGCAACUUUUUGGAAUCGGUUGACUUGUCAAAAGUUGGCCAUCACUUGACAAAGACUUAUUCAGGUGGUAUGAAGAGAAGAUUAUCCAUUUGUAUUGCUUGUAUUGGUAAUCCAAAGUUGGUUCUCUUAGAUGAGCCAACCACUGGUUUGGAUCCAUAUUCAAGAAAGAAAGCAUGGAAUUUAAUUCACAAAAUGAAAGAAGGAAGAGCCAUGAUUCUUACCACACAUGCCAUGGACGAAGCCGAUUAUUUAUCUGACAAGAUUGCUAUCAUGGCUCAUGGUCAACUGAAAUGUGUUGGAAAUUCACUUUCAAUCAAAGCCCAAUAUGGAAGUGGUUACAAUCUCAUGGUUGUGGCCAACACUGGACACGAGCAACAUGUUAUUUCAAUGGUCAACUCUCGAAUUUCGAAUGUAAAUAUUGUAAGCGAAAGUGCUGGAAACUUUAUCUUUAACAUUCCCAAGCAGCAACUUGCAGAAUUAUCGGAUUUAAUCUCAGAUUUGGAAAAUUCAACUUUAGGAAUUAAAGAUUGGGGAAUUUCUCAAACAACUUUGGAAGAAGUUUAUUUGAAAGUUACGCAGAAAUCAGAUUUUUCGUAUGCGAAUGUGAAAUCAUCUUCAAUUGCAAAGAAUCAAGAGCUUGAUGAGGUGAAAGUUUAA